AGCAAUAUGAAUAGUAAUAAACACAUUGUAUUGGUUCACGGGGCCUGCCAUGGCGCGUGGUGCUGGUACCGGCUGGUCAACCACCUCCGGUCAUCUUCUGCAGGCAGCCGAGUCACUGCCCUUGACCUUGGCGGCUGCGGGACUGACCCCAGGCAGCUCGACGAGGUGCGCUCAGUCUCAGAAUAUGUGCAGCCUCUGAUGGACCUCCUCAAGUCCCUCCCUGGAGAUGAGAAGGUGGUCCUCGUUGGACACAGCUAUGGCGGCCUUCCCAUAGCCCUUGCCAUGGAGAGGUUCCCAGAGAAGGUCUCGGUUGCGGUCUUCCUGUCGGCUUACAUGCCGAGCUGCUCAUCUCCACCAGGACUUGUCAUCCAAGAAUACUUCACGAGGAACAGCGCAUCAUCGUUCUUGGACAGCAAGUUCGAUUUGGAUGACGGGAUGCAGAAUCCGCCUACGUCGGCCAUAUUUGGCCCAGGGUAUAUGACAAAGAAGCUUUAUGCAGGCUGCCCACCAGAGGAUCUUGAACUAGCAAAGAUGUUGAUAAGGCCGACGAGGCUGUUCACGGAAGAGAUGAUGGCAUAUGGGCUGACAGAGGAGAGGUAUGGGUCAGUGAAGAGGGUUUUCGUAAUGUGUGAGGAAGACGAAGUGAUUUUUGUUGACUUUCAACGGUUCAUGAUCCAAAACAGCCCGCCCGAUGAGGUUAAAACCAUGAAAGGGGCGCAUCACAUGGUCAUGCUCUCCAAGCCCAGAGAGCUCUGCCGAUGCUUGGGCGAGAUUGCUGCCAAAUAUCGUUAGGUCAUGAAGAGCCUGUCCACGGAAAGAAAUCGUGUUUGGUGCAGUUGCAUCACUUCUGAUACGGAAUUAUGAGAUUUUGAAUUCGAUUCUCACUACUAAAACCUGUCACGCACUUAUAUAUAUAUAUAUAUAUAUUUGUUUCCUAUUUAUCCUCUUCUACGUCUACAGGUCUCGUUUGUUAAGAGAAAAAAAUGCAUGUCCAUGGAACAUCUAUUUCGUCUGUGCGUAAGUGUAUGUGUCCGAUCUGUUCUUUUGUUAUAGGGGUAUUUCUUGGGUCCCAUGGCUGAAUGUCCAGUCACUUUUGACUUUUUUUUCUUUUGUACGAAACGUUUAUCCAAAUACGAAAACAUUUCCUACAAAAACAAUCAGUCCAAUAUAUGAAAUAUUUUCGUAC